AGUCCUUUUAGCAGCUGUGAGUCCGUACUUCCGGGCCAUGUUCACCAGCCCUCUGGUGGAGUCCCGUCUCACUGAGAUCCGUCUGGAGGAAGUAACGCCGUCCAUCAUGGAGACUGUCAUCCAGUUUGUGUACACCGGUGAGGCCGGGCUCUUUCUGGACACGGCCGAGGACUUGUUCGUGGCUGCCAACCGGCUUCAGGUCAUGCCUCUACAAGACCUGUGCUCCAGGUUUUUAUUCGAGCACCUGUCAGUGGAGAACUGUUUGGGGAUGUACUCUCUGGCACGCUCUCAUCACGACCAGCUGCUGCUGCGGGCCUCCCUACGGAUGGUGGCCCAGCACUUCCCCCGUGUAGCCCGGCAGAAGGACUUUCUCCUGCUCGACCACGGUUCUUUGGGCAGCAUCCUGAGCUCCGACCGUCUCGGGGUGGACUCGGAGAUGGAGGUCUAUGAUGCAGCCCGCCGCUGGGCAGAGCACCAACCUUUGGAUCGCUACCCUCACAUGCCGGCGCUGCUUCACCACUUGCGUCCCGGGCUGCUGUCUCAGGAAGCGAGCCGAAGACUCAGCCAAGAGCUGGGGCCCGCUGCAGCGGGAGAGGGUCUCGGGGGACCUCUGAGACCACGAGAGGGAAUGUUUGAGAAGAAGAUCGUCUGCAUGGACCUGACUCCUCGGGAGGAUGAGAACGGAGCUACAAGGGACUGCACCGUGGACUGCUUUGAUCCUCGGACAGGGAAGUGGGAGAAGCUGGCAACCCUGAGCUCACUCGUGAGUCCAGGCUGUGCGGCCAUGGGAAACCGGCUGUUCGUAGCGGGCGGGAUCCUCAGGACAGGGUCUGUGUCUGCAGCCGUGCAUGAAUAUGACGUCGUGUUGGACCGGUGGACGGAACGGCCCGCGAUGGGACAGCCGCGCGCCAUGCUGGGCCUGCUCGGCUGCGGAGGGUCGCUCUACGCCUUGGGUGGCUGCAACCGUUCGGCUAUGCUGGACUCCACUGAGAUCCUGGAGCUGUCCACGCUCCAGUGGGGUCCCGGUCCUCGCCUGCCCCUCCCGCUGCGUGCCUUUGCCUGUGCGGCACUGCGUGGGCGACUUUACCUGCUGGGCGGGACCACGCUUGACCAGAACCGAGCCGUGGUCCACUCAGGCGUGCUGAUUUAUCACACUCUGACAGACUGCUGGACACGAGUGGCGCUGGACUCUGGGGCCACUUGUCUCGCCGGUGGCGUGGCAGUGCGGGGCGGGGUCUGCGCAAUCGGCGGAUACAUGAGGGACACCACCAAGUUCCUCGACGGAAAUUUCACCAACCGGGAGACUACAGACGCUACAGGCCGUGUGCUGUUUUUCAGGAAGAACAGGGGUACCGGGAUGGAGACGGAGGUGACCGGGGGAGGGGUGCUGGUCAGUGCGGAGCAGCAGGAGGUCAUGUGUCGCGGUAGCGACCGGGCCCCGAGUCCGGUUGUUUUUCCCGGAUUGCCUCGGCGAAUCGCAGCCGGGGGCGUGGCUAGGUGGAAACGGAGGAUUUAUGUUUUAGGGGGAGAGAAUGGCUCGCGGUUCUACGACAGCGUGUACGUUUGGAAGCCCGGCUGGCGCAGCUGGGUCCAGAGACGGGAAAAACUCCCCGGAGACGCUGGGGGGGUGAGCCAGUUUGGGUGUACGACUCUAAAGUUCCCUAAGAAACACUUCCU